CCGCCGCUCCCCGCCGCGCGCGCGCGUAUGCCGAAGGACACGACACCUGCCGUGUACCGCACGACCAACCGUUAUCGCCCUAAAUGACCAACUAAUGGACGAACGAAGAGGUAGUCCAUGCAUGAUUGUGCUAACAGUGUGAACUAGCUGGUGGAGUGCAGUGUUGUGUUGAUGUCCAAAUGGAGGAGGUCCGGAUUUCGGAUUGGCCCGAGCCGCCGGGCUCCCAUGCAUGGCUCCCUGCUUAUGGUUUCCAGCAUGACUUAAUGGAUAAGGAUGACUAUUAUGGCACCAACGGUGACAAUGGCAGCACUCACGCUUUAUACCUCGAAACGAUAGUCGAGGAAACGAGCGAUGACUUGCGCUCCGAACGUUCUUCUGCUGCGACAUGGCUCUCAGAUUCAGAUGCAGAUUCCGUCAUCCAUGUGCGGGGUACACAAGGGUCGGAGUGCGACAGCGAGUCAGAGCGCGAGUGGGCGUGCCCGGCGAAGCGGAGGCGGCGCGAGCGCGCCACCUCGCCCGCCAGCUCGGGCUCCCUCUCGCGCUCCUCCAGCCUCGCGCAGUUCGAGUCGCUGGAGCGGUCCUGCGCCGCGCCCGCCUCGCCCAGCCUCUCGCCGGACUCGCUGGAGUCACCGCCACCUUCCCCACCGCCGACCCGUGUGCCGGCUACACGGACCCACCUGUCUGCCGAAAACCUCAGCGAAGACAGCGGCUACAGCGAGCGGUCGCGGCGGCCGCCCCCGCCGGCAGCGUGCCGGCCUCCCGAAAUAGCGCACCGCGCGGCGGCCGGCAGCGCGCCGUGCCUUGUCGCGUCGCCCAGUGCGGAGCGCCGGCCGGCCCGCGCCGCGCGCUCGCUGUCGCUCCCCGCCGAGCUCGACGUGUGCGCCGAGCCGCGCCGCCACGUCGCGCACCGCGCGCGCUUCCGACAGACCUUCGAGGUGUCGGACAGCCUCACCGUCAGCGUGGCCGACCUCACCGCGCUCGACUACCGGGGCGGCCCGCGGCGCCCGCGCCUGCCGCCCCCGCCGCCACCCCCGCGAACGCCUAGAAAUGUACCGCCACCACCACCCCCGGUGGAGGUGGUCGUGCGACAACCUACCGAAUCCCCCGCGCGGGAACCUAGUGCCAGCAGUGAUUCUACCACCGAGUCGGAACGAGCUUUCGCCAGAGAAAUGGAAGCGACGGCGCGUCGUCUGGACGAGACGGCGCGGCGGGCGCUCGCUGAAAGCGAAAACUACGACCGAGAACUAUCAGUUAUGACAGCGAGACGACUACACGACUCGUGGGGCGCCUGGGACGACGUGCUCGACGAGCUGCGCCGCCGCAUGGAUGCCCACUCCCCCUCCCCCUCCCCGCCGCGGACGCCCUCCCCCGAUCCUAUUCGGGAACCAGUGUUCACAUCUACUCCACUAAGAUCAACGUGCGACGCUAGAGUGAGAUCAACACCAGAAUUGCGUGCGCGUGCUACCCCACAUCGCGAAACCCCGGAGGAACUUCGCGCCUCACUACAACUAGUAGCGCCGCCCCCUCCAGACGCGGCGCCACCGGUGCGCUCCGUGUCUGCCGGCUCGAAGGGAGUGACGUUCUCGCCGGUAGUGGCAGAAGUCAGCUGGCGAGAGACAAGUACGAGCACCACAGAGAGCGAAACGACCGCGAGCGACGACGCGGAUGACGCCGAAGUGGUAGUGGUGGAGGGGGGAGGCGAGGAGCCGCGCGCGCCGGCCGCAGAGCGCGCUGCCGCCAUGACGGAAGCGGGCGCGCGUGCGCCGCGCAGCCGCAUCGCCGGCUUCCUCUCGCGAUUCGCAAACUUCCGAUUCUCGGGGCGCAAAGAGAAAAAAACAAGGGGCGCAGGCGCGAACAUACGACCCUCUACGAACGGUCCGGCGACAGCGGCAGAUGCGGGGCAGGGACCGCGCGGGGCGGCCGCCGGGCCGCAGUAUGUGCGUAUCCCGCUGAAGGAGGAGGGUGUGUCGCGGGCGGCGGCACCCCCGGUGGCGGGCGGCGUGGCGCACAAGCCGCCGCGGCCGCGCCCGCCGCCCGCGCCGCCGGCCGGCGUGCUGGAGACCGACGUGGACACGCAGCGCACCGUGCUGCACGCGCGCUCGCUGCUGGCCCUGGCGCCGCCUGACCAGCGCACUCCGCGCCCGCACAAGUCCAUGGAGUUCCUGCUCGACAAGGACAACGUGCAGAUAGUACAGCCUCCAGAGAACGAACUACAGAAGAAUUCAGAUCGCGUGCUUUCUGAGCACGAAUUGCGAGUCCAGAGAUCGUUGCAGAAGCUCAAUGUUCCGGAAUGGUACAAAAACGCACCCGCGCCCCGAGAGGGUUUCCUUCUCCGCAAGAGAUUGUCUGACGCGUCAGCUUCGGCCGCCCGCUGGAGUGGCCUCAACUCGAAGACCACGUCGCUGGGCAGCCUGGGAGGCAACCAGCAGCCGCCACCGCCACAACUGUCCCCACACACCACCAGCUUCGGCCGAUGGUCUACUAGCCGGCUUAAUUCUAACCAAACGUCACCGUGCUCCUCAACCCGCAGCAGCAUCAGAGGCACCAGUCCUUUAUGUUCACCCUCAGCGAGGUCCUCGUUCAGUGCGCGUCAGCCCUACCUCGGCUGGAGGAGUCAGGAGCGACUGAACAGCACGCCGAGAACGCCACAUGAGAGGCUAGCAUCAUCACUACUUCAGUCGACACCAAAAUCAGAGGCGUCAGAAGCGUCGAAAGCGUCAGAAGAGAUCCAAACAUCGAUCAAGGAAGUGACGUCCGCGAUAGUGCACUACGUGUCAGGAUUGGAGCCAGCGAAUGGUGACAUCGAUAGACAACCUUCUCCGAGGUCCAGUCAGAAGCUGUACUGGCUGGAGAGCUCCUUUGUUGGAACGAAGCCGCUAGAUUCCCCGCAGACGCCGCUGGUGGUGUCGGAGUCUUUGUCGACACCUCGGCCGCCGUCCUCGCUGCGAUUGGAGCACCGCGCCGCGCCCGACUGGCAAGAUUCCCAACGUUCCCUCAACUUAGGUAUAACGCGGCCGUCUCCUGGCUCCACCACUCUCGAAGACGUUCUGGACUCGCUCUUGGGGUUGCCGUCGCAGCCGGCGAGGAUCCCCACGCCUCAGCCCAGCCCUAGGAAGGCUUCAAGCCCCUAUUAUUUGAUGGGCGGCAAGAGCCCCCGGUACGAACAACUGGCUAGUAGCGGGCACAGCAGCGCGUCCCCCGCCUCGAGGUUCGCGGGCACCCCCAGCGAGGGGCACAGCUCCAUCACUGACAGCCCCGACCACGACCGACCAGGCAAGGAUACAGUUGAUAAUCUUGGCGCCAUGCAAGAGUCGCGACGGUCGCGUUCGGUGCAGGGCGAGCACUCCCGCCGGAGAAGUGAGCCUUUUGCCCAAACGAGUGUCUCUCUCGACCGUCGCACUAGCCUCGAUGCCGCAGCCCUACGCCCUUCCGAUGGUCACUUAACUCAUCAUGAUUCCCGAACUUCCCUAGCUUCUCUGCAGACUGAAAAUAGCACAGACGAAGCUUUCGUCAAGUGCAAAUAUCCAAAAUGUCCCUCCCGAGCCCCUUUACCCGAUGCCAAACGACACUACAAGACUUGUCACAAUUGUACCACAAUGUAUUGCUCAAAGGAAUGCCGCAGGGCGCACUGGGAGAAACACAGGAAAGUGUGCUUGCACACGCGAGCGAGCACCCUGUGCAGGCAGAUCAUAUCAGCAGCCAAGGAAGACGCCGAUGCCCUGCAUCAGAUUAGCACCAUCGCUCACAAAGGCUACUUGGCCCUCGGGAGAGGCGUUGUCAAAGUAUUCUUUACGAGUCCCGAGGCGGCCGAAAAGUUUACCACCCACGGUUAUCAAUAUUUAAGUGAGCCGGAAUUUAUGAAGUGGACGUCUCUUCAGCCGAACGAAAUGGGUGUAGAAUUAUACACUGAAGUGGUGAAACUUUGUAAAGCUUACAACCCUGAGACGAGAGUAAUUUUAUACGUGGCUGUGUGUAUUAUCAGUGAAGUGCCGACUAAAGGUGCCGUCAAGUGGGAGAGGCAGAUGGUGUCGAGAUGUGCUAAACUACGUCUCAGUAAAACAGUAACCGCUGCAAUACAGGAGCAGAAUAGAAGGAGACAUAGAAGAGAUAGCAAGUCAACGCCAGAAGAUAGAGAAACUCUAAUACUAACUUCAAAAUUAAGCAACGCGGGAGAGAAGAACGCAGCUACGGCUCACAAGUUUAGACAAAUAUGUUUCCAGAACAUAUCGAAGGAGCUAGAAUGUAGAGGGGUGAAUUUGAAGAAACAUUUCCCCGAAGUCUACUCGAGAUUGGGAGCGUAUGUAGACGGUACGAGCGAUAGGUUCAUCCCAAUGACCAUUUACCCGAAAGAUGUGACGAGUGGGAAGUCAUUUAUGUGCGUGAUCAUGCCGGACAGUGAGGUGGAGAGCGGUACGCCAGUAGACGGCAAGGUGACAACAGUAGACGUAGGAGUAGACCGGUCGCGACACCAGCUGUCUACGCCCAUGUGAGAGUAUGUUAUACGUAGGUCGAUAGAAUAUGCUGCCUUGCUCGGCAGUUAACGUCUACCGACGAAGGUAGUGGAAAAGACAUUGUGGUUUAUUGGUGAUGUGUAUUUCCCAAUACCAAUUCUUCUUAAAUAAAUAUUAUUAUUUAAAUUUUAAUCUCCGAUUAUGAAUCUCGUGUGUGAAAUGAAAGUUAACGUGCCCUUAAAAUUGUAUUAUGAUUAUUAUUUUAGAUACCUAUAACUAUUGCUAAUAUACGCUAUGUACGCGACUUAAAACCGCGCAUAGAGAAUAUAAUAUAUAAAUUGAGAAUUCUAUAAGUUCUGUUUCAGAAAUUCUAACAUGCAAUCCCAAUAUAUUUAGGACGCAUGUUGUUGAACACCUUGUGUAAUAUAAUACGAGUUUUACUAACUUUGUACAAAAGACAAUUAUUCAUAUUUAUAUCGACAUAUUCAUGAAUCGACAAUUUAAACUUAAACCGGUCAUCAAUUCAUUGAUAUAAAAUUUUAAGUGUGAUCUAAUUGAACGAGUAAUGAAGAUUUGAACAGAUUUUUUGAACAAAGUUAUCAAAACUGACGCAUGAUAUAAUUAGCGUGCCCUGGUUAGAGCUUAUAAUAAUUUACAAAUCCACAAUAUAUAAGUUAUAUUUACCUCUUGUUACUUCCCCGUUACUAUGAAUGUGCACUUAUGUUAGAUAAAUAUUUAAUUUAAGAGAAAUAUACGACGUUGUGACGUGUGUUAAAAGUACAUUUUUUAUUCUAAGGAUUUAGAAAUUGUUUCAGCAAUUUGACAAUAGUUUAAAUUUAAAAAUUAUAUUUAUUGCAAAGCCUAUAUUGGCACAGAGGGAUGUAUUUAAGAUUUUUUUUAAAAGAGAUGGAAUAUGCUUUUUAUUAUUCAGAAAAGUGAUUUUUAUACAAAACGUAAGCUUAUGCAUGCGAGCGACUAGUGAAAGUUAAUACAAAAUAUAAAACGAUUCUAGUGUUUUGUCUUUAGAUAGAUGAUUCAAUUAAGAUUUUUUUAAUGGAAAAUUUACACAUUUAGGUAUUUGUAGUAAACAUUUUUGUGUGUGAGUCUAGUUGUCCUACAACAUGGCUCAUUUCAACUGAUGUGGCGUAGUGAGUGCGGAGCCAGCGAUGAAAAUCAAUUUUACCCAAGAUGUGAAAAUACCACAAUAAUCAGAUUCACUAUACAUUUACAUAUCUACCUAUUGAUGCUCAACCCAGGAUUUUAGGAGGUGUCAUCAGUUCAGUACUACGCCACAGCACAAUUUUAGAAUUUUACUCAUCGGCUGGAGCGGAACGUGCAGUAUGGAUAUGCAAGUGUCAAAUAUUCCUAAACCUUUACAUUCCAUUUAACCGAAAGGCACAAAAUAAAUAGGUUUUAAUUAAUACGGUGCCAAGACUUAAAGAGAGGUCGCGCUUGACUAAAAGGUAUCAAUAUUCUUUACAGACUCUUCCAGAAAAUAUAUGUAUUACAACAUGAACCAAAGCGUAUUUUGAUGAAAGUUUGAAUAAUAAAAAACGGUGAGGGCUUACCUAUUGACUAAAAUCUGAAAUGAAAGCAUUACAUAUAAGUCCCCAAAAAAUAUUAAGAAGCCAUGUUUUUAUUUAUUUGAACUUUCAUACAAAUACGCCAUUUUUCCCCUCAGCUGCGGCGGUGGCAACAAUUCUUCCAAACGGGCAUUCUCUGUGGUAACUAAACUGUAACGUGUACUUAUUUAUAUCGUUGUUAUAUAACUUAAAAGACAAAGUAAAUAAUGUUUAAUGUUUAGGGUUCUGCUUCAUUUUGCGCUCAUGGUAACGGCGUGAAUGUGUGAAUUGCUAGAUUUUGAUCAAAUAAUGAUAAAGGAUGUAGACUGUGAAGUUCCUUGACCGCAAAAUGGAAUCAGCCCUUAGAAAUAGAUACCAUAAAUGUUGUGUUGUCUGUAUCCAACCUUAACUGUCGAUAUAUAAAUGCCUCAUCCAUAAAUUAAGUUCUAACGCAUCUCUCGAAGAAAACAAAAACUGUAUCAUCAAAUUCUCCAAAAUGAUUCAUUCAUGUAUCGGGCGCUAUCUAUAUUUUUAUAUCAUGCCUGAGAAAAUGUGUUAAAUAAACAUAUUUUAUUACACUUAUCUAAAAAAAAAAAUGGCCCACGACGAUGCGAGUAAUAUUAAUGUCUUGACCUGUGUAUUGUAAACUAACGCUCAUUAACAUUUUUCUAUAUAAUUCUAUAAUAAAUUAUAAUUUAGACAUUUUUAAAACUAAUCUACUAUACUACCUACUUGUAAACGCCUAUAAAGAUUUUCAUACAUUAUUAUAUUCAUAAUGUUGCCAUAUCAAUUGUUUUUCAUAGUCUGGAAUCCAGAUUUUUUAUCUAGUUGUCCCUUAUGUAUUUCAAAUAAACGGCCCAGCUACUAA